AUGCCUGCCGCAUUGGAUGUCACACUUGAUAACGAAGUUGCAUCAACUUUAGCUGCAGCAACAUCCGGGACAGCGCCUGGUGAUCCAAACAUCAACCCGCAUACAGGUAAACCACAUCGUAAUCCACGCUAUCCUACUCCACCUCCACACGGUCUCGGUUUACUACCACCACCAAAAUUUGUUCAUUCUGGUACGGUUCGAAAUCUAACUAAUCAAUCAGUUCAUUGUACGGUGCACUACUGUGGUCAUUAUAUUGAAGAUACACAACAUUUAGAAACUGUGGAAGGUGAUUUAGAAGCAAAAGUUGGUAAACUACAUUUUUAUGAAAAAAAAUUUCGUCAUCGACCAGAAACAACGCAUGAUAAUCGUAAACGUAUAUAUAAACUAACUGUUAAACGAUCAGAUGGUAUAACAAUGGAAUUGAAUGAACCAUUUGAAAAUAUUGAUCGUCCAAAAGCAGUAUGGGAAUUUUGGGUUAAAGAUAAAAAAAUAUUAUCAAUUGAUCCACGUGAAGAUCAAGAUUUAAAAGAAGAAAAACAAAAGGCUUAA